AUGCUCAUCCAUUGCAUCUCGAGCCGCCCAUCACACAUUUUUCCGGCUCUUCUCUUGCUCCUGCUAAUCUACUGGCUUUGCCUGUGGGUGAAGAUGGAUCAGAGCCUGCGCUUGGCUGGCACGCCCGCGCGUGUCAUCAUCGGCGGUGGUGUCGCUGGCGAUGCGGCGGGUAACGGAACCAAUUGCAUCGCCGCCGCCGUCGCCACCACUCAACCUGACACCACCGCCGAUGUCCCUGCCGAGAUCAGUGGCGUCGGUGCUGUUGCUGUUGCUGUUGCUGCUGAGAAGCCUGACAAGGCCGAGAAGACUGAGGAGAAGACCGAGGAGGCCGGCGACAAGAAGAAGCAGAAGAAGGAAAAGAAGGAGGAGGCUGCUGAGAAGAAGGUCGUCGCUAAAGAUGUCGAAGCGUGGUGGAAGCAGAUAUUUCGACUACAACUCAGCCUUCAGCUUGGUCCGCAUCUUCUCCAGCUCGCGCGCCUUGACCGCCCGGGGCCGGCGACAAUCACAAAAACAACACCACCGUAUCGCGAUACCCAGACCAGAAGCCUCGCGCACCGAAUCCUCGCUCUGCCGGGCCAUUUGCGCCUGCCUUCAGUGGCGGCUGCAGCAGUGCUUUGA